AUGAUAUUGCGUUCUGAACUAGAGAAAAAACGAAGGGAACUGAACGGAUUAGUAAAAGAUAAAGAUGUUUCGUGUGAUGAUUUCUGCAUAGCAGUUGAAAGAGAACUACUUAAGAAAGUAAGAGAGUCGAUUUUAUCAAUGAAAGAACUUGCAAAAAAACAUUUAGUAAACAGUCCAGAAAAGAUCGAGGAAAAAAGGCAACAGAUUUCUUCAGCAGUUGAAGAAAUGCAAACAACUCUUUACGAGUUUGAUAGCUACACCUGCACAGAUAUAUUAGAGUUUACAGAUGACAACUGGAGAACAAGCUAUUAUGGAAAAGACUUUACAUCAUCCCCAGUAAUUGACGAUCUGGUUCAAAGAAUAAUUUUAGAAACACAGGCUAAUUUGGAAGAUAGUAUUAGAAAGGUUUUUCAAGAAACAUACAACAUUUUUUUUCCUGAAAGAGUCGGUAGAGGGAAUCAUACAAUAAAAACAAUGCAACUGAGGGAAGUAAAUAUUGGAGUUGAUUUUCUGAUGGAUAUUGUGUGCGCCUCCAAGGAUGUUAUGAUCUGCAGUGCGCAAAAUAACUGCUCACUUUUCAGAAUUGAAUGUGGAAUGAAAUCAGUGGUACCCUGUACUGGAUUCAACCCAGAAUACAUUUCUAUGUCGGCAUCCUCAGAUAUCCUUUUCUUUACUUCUUUGAACGAACUAUUUAAAUUAUCAAUGGAUAAUAUGGAAAUAGUCGAGUUUUUCAAACUUGAUUCGGAUUGGGAAUUCAAUGGAUUAACUUUAGCAGCUUAUGACCGUGUUUAUUUGUGUUUAAAACAAAAAACAUUAGGAAAGGGAUGGAUCCUUUGUCUUAAUAUAUAUGGCGAGGUUGUGGAUGAAUAUUUCCUAAAUAACGAUGGGCAUGCCCUUUUUGUAAACCCUAUAUACAUAUCUGAAAACAAAAAUAAUGAUGGCGAUAUUUGCGUUUCUGAUAAUUACUCGGAAGUGUGUUCCAUUAAACAGAAUAAAGAAAUACGAUUUGUUUACAAAGGAGUGGAAAAGAUGGAGCUAGAUUUCCGCGGCAUUGUCAGUGAUGUGUUAGGAAAUGUUCUUGUUUCUGAUUUCCGGAACAACUUAAUUCAUGUCAUUAAUAAACGAGGGAAAUUAAUACGCAAAAUUGGGGAGGACUUUCUCUGUAAACCAACUGGGAUAUGCAUUGAUCCUCAGGGAGUCAUUUGGGUCACUGAAUAUGAAGGUGGAAGAGUUAAAAUGAUUGAAGCUUGA